AUGGGUACCAAGCAGGUCGAGCAGGAAUGGGCAGACAAGGAAAGGGACAACAACGUGAUCAGCUUGCCGGCAUGUCACAAGCAUCUGCAAGCCACACACAAAGCAACGUGCGAGAAAGACUCGGCCCACGACUUGACGUUUGCGCUCGCCUGGGCCCGCAGGGAAAUGUUCAUGAAAGACUGGGUUCCCAGCAAGGUCAAACUGACAAUCGCCGCAAUAAGGAUCAUGAAGAGAAGCACUCCGCUACCCGCUCGCAGAGAAAUAUUCACGAAAGACUAG